UGACGGCCUAGGAACCAUGGGUUAACUUUCCCUAUGGGCAGAACGGUAGAUUUUUACCUUGUCAGCUCGAGGAUUCGAUCUAGCAACCUUUCGGUUACUGGUCCAACGCUCUAACCACUAGAAUACCUGCCGCCCCACUAGCCCUAUUGCCGCAAGUGCUAUUCUAAACUCGGAAAUGUUCGACUUGCUAACUGGUUGUAGUUAUUCACGUGCCGCGUUCAACAAAUUUGCAAAUCGAAAUUUCCGAGUUUCCUAGUUCCGACUAGCACGUGAACAUAUCCCCUCUGCCCUUUCUCGCUCCACUCUCCCACCCCUUGCUUAUGCUCCAGCUGCUAGCGCCGCUGCCUGCUGGUGUCUGUAGCUGACUCCCCUCACUGGCCCACAUAUUCAAUGUACAGGUAGCUUAGACCAUGACUGGCAUCGCCGCUGCCUCCUUCUUCUCUAACAUUUGUAGGUUCGGUGGUUGCGGACUCCACUUCGAAUCGUUGGCUGAACUCAUCGUGCACAUUGAGGAUAACCACAUCGACACAGAUCCUCAUCAGUUGGAGAAACAGGAGCAGCAGCAGCCCACAUAUGUUGCCCUCAGCUACAUCAACAGGUUUAUGACAGAGGCAGCGCGUCGGGAGCAGCCUGAGAGGCUGAAGAGGAAGGUGCACCCCAAGCUGUCUCAGUCUCUGACAGGCAGUCUCCCUCGUAGCAGUAACGUCUCCCCUCCUCCCAGACGCAGCAGUGGGAACCUCACCCCGCCUGUCACCCCUCCCAUCACACCCUCCUCCUCCUUCCGUAGCAGCACUCCUACAGGCAGUGAGUAUGAUGAAGAGGAGGUAGACUAUGAGGAGUCAGACAGUGGUGAGUCCUGGACCACAGAGAGUGCCAUCAGCUCAGAGUCUAUCCUCAGCUCCAUGUGUAUGAAUGGAGGAGAGGAGAAACCCUUCGCCUGCCCUGUGCCUGGCUGCAAGAAGAGAUACAAGAAUGUGAACGGGAUCAAGUACCACGCCAAGAACGGCCACCGGACACAGAUCCGCGUCCGCAAGCCCUUCAAGUGCCGCUGUGGGAAGAGCUACAAGACGUCCCAGGGCCUGAGGCACCACACCAUCAACUUCCACCCGCCAGUCUCCACCCACAUCCACAAGAUGCAGCAGUAGCACCGUCCCCGCAGAAAUAGAAUCACUUCAACAUCAUCCUGUUCUAGUGAUUCUGUUUCUAUGGACCCACCAUCACCAGAAAUGGCUGUGUCCCAUUCCAAACACACACGCACUUUCCUUCUUCUUAUUCCAGUACACUACUCUUUAAUUGCAUGCUUUAAAAUUACCUUAUUUGUAUUUUAAAUUUUUUGGAAUGUAUUUUCUUCACAGCUGUAUA